ACACAAACUCUUUCAUUCAUAUUCAGAUUCGUCUUCUCUUCUCUCUCUCUCUCUCUCUCUCUCAACCAUUUUCUCUAUAUUUCUAGACCUUUGUAUUCUUCAUUUCAAUUUCUUUUCCAACUACCACCUCUCUUCAGCUUCACGUUUAAUCUCUCUCUCUCUCUAAUCAUUCAUUACUUUUCUUCUUCCUUUCGAGCUUCACCUCUCUAUAAUUCUACACCUUCAUUCAUCCAACCAUUUCAAAAUCUUAUAAUUCGAACAAGGGAUUGAUUCUUACCUUUCUCUGUUCGAAUUCUUUCAACAUAGGAUUCUUACUGGGAAUUCUAUUUUUUAUCACAAAAUUACAGAUUCUUCGUAAUGUUGCUAUCAACCGUUUUGAGAUUCUUUUGUUGAUGGGAUCAGAAGGUUCUUAAAAUGGACAGCUCAGAAACAUAAAUUUUGGAUCGUUAGUUAUUGACAACUCAGCAGCAAUAAUCCGAAUUUUGUGUUAAAUUUGCUUUUGCAAUUUAUUUAUUGUGGAGUGUGGACGACAUCAUGGCUAUUGAAAUUGCUUCUUUUGUCUCUAAUAAAUUGCAAAUGCUGGCCACUUCUGAUCAUGCUUCCGUAGUAUCUAUGAACUUGUUUGUGGCACUUCUAUGUGCUUGUAUUGUUCUUGGCCAUCUUCUUGAGGAGAAUAGAUGGAUGAAUGAGUCCAUCACUGCCCUUUUGAUUGGGAUUUGUACUGGUGUAGUCAUUUUGCUGUUUAGUGGUGGAAAAAGCUCGCAUAUUCUUGUUUUCAGUGAAGAUCUUUUCUUUAUAUACCUUCUUCCGCCUAUAAUAUUCAAUGCCGGGUUUCAGGUGAAAAAGAAGCAGUUUUUUCGCAACUUCAUGACUAUCACAUCGUUUGGUGCUGUGGGCACAUUAAUAUCUUGUUGCAUCAUAACUUUGGGUGCUACCCAAGCUUUUAAGAGGAUGGAUAUUGGACCGCUGGAACUGGGCGAUUACCUAGCAAUUGGAGCAAUAUUUGCCGCGACAGAUUCUGUUUGCACAUUACAGGUGCUAAAUCAGGAUGAGACACCUUUGUUGUAUAGUCUUGUGUUUGGAGAAGGUGUUGUGAAUGAUGCUACCUCAGUGGUUCUUUUCAAUGCAAUCCAAAGCUUUGAUCUCAACCGACUUAACCCUUCAAUUGCAUUGCACUUUUUGGGCAACUUCUUGUAUUUGUUUGUAGCAAGCACACUACUUGGGGUUUUGACAGGUCUGCUUAGUGCUUAUGUUAUUAAGAAGCUGUAUAUUGGCAGGCACUCAACAGAUCGUGAGGUUGCUCUUAUGAUGCUAAUGGCAUACCUCUCCUAUAUGCUGGCUGAGUUAUCCUAUCUGAGUGGUAUUCUCACGGUAUUCUUUUGUGGUAUUGUUAUGUCUCAUUAUACUUGGCAUAAUGUGACUGAGAGUUCAAGAGUCACUACCAAGCAUGCUUUUGCUACCUUGUCGUUUGUUGCCGAGAUCUUUAUCUUUCUUUAUGUUGGUAUGGAUGCCCUGGACAUUGAAAAAUGGAAGUUUGUUAGUGAUAGUCCUGGAACAUCUGUAGCAGCAAGUUCAGUAUUGUUGGGUCUGAUACUUCUUGGAAGAGCUGCGUUUGUUUUCCCCUUAUCCUUCUUAUCCAACUUGACUAAAAAAUCACCGUAUGAGAAGAUCUCAUUCAGACAGCAAGUGAUCAUUUGGUGGGCUGGCCUUAUGAGAGGUGCUGUUUCAAUGGCACUCGCAUAUAAUCAGUUCACCAUGUCGGGGUAUACUCAACUGCGUAGCAAUGCAAUCAUGAUCACCAGCACCAUCACUGUUGUCCUUUUCAGCACAGUGGUGUUUGGUUUGCUGACUAAGCCACUCAUAAGGCUUCUACUACCUCAUCCUAAAGUCACAACCAGCAUGACAACCACAGAGCCAUCUACUCCAAAAUCAUUCAUUGUCCCACUUCUAGGAAAUGCCCAAGAUUCUGAAGCUGAUCUCGAGGGCCAUCAAAUUCACCGUCCAAACAGCAUCCGUGCCUUACUAGCCACUCCAACUCACACUGUUCAUCGAUUAUGGCGUAAGUUUGAUGAUUCGUUCAUGCGUCCCGUCUUUGGCGGCAGGGGUUUUGUUCCUGUAGAACCUGGCUCACCAAGUGAACGCAAUGGUCAACAAUGGCAUUGAGAAGAGAAAGCCAGGAAAUGUUGUAAUAUGUGUUGUAUACUAUGUAUGAUUUGUGAAGAAUUAAGCAAUGUAUGUAUGCAUAAGAAGCUUGUAAUGAAA